AACUCUGGUCUGCUGAGUAGUCUUCUGUCUUCGUUCCGGUCGGGUUUGCCAAGGCGUAAAUCAGAGCACGCGUGAAGGCGCAGAUUUAGCAACAGGCGUGAAUCAACCAGGCGAGAGCGAGCAGGCCGCGCAGCGUUACAACAGUGGCGACGCGAGUACAACCGAACCCAGGCAUGGCAAUUAGCUUUGAACAAUUGCAGAUGCUGUUGCAGCAACAACAGGCGCAGUUUGAAGCAUCCCAAACCAAACUGAUCGAGAUGUUAACUCAGAAGAUGACAGUGCAGUCAAGCCCAGGGUUAGCGACAAGUGAAGGUGCCCCGUCACCAGAAACCCUGACUCAGCAGAUCAGUGAGUUUCAUUAUGACGCUGAUGCUGGCAUAACAUUUGUUUCGUGGUUCCACAAGUAUGAAGAUAUGUUCCGGGUUGAUUUUGCCAACCUUACAGCAGAAAAGAAGAUUCGACUAAUGCUGCGGAAGCUGGGUGCUGCCGAACACGAGAAGUUCACCAAUUUUAUCUUACCCAAAAAGAGUACCGAUUUGUCCUUCGACGAAGUGGUUGCAGUCCUGUCGCAGAUUUUCGGAGAACAGACUUCUUUGUUCAACAUCCGGUACAAGUGUCUGACAAUAACCAAAAAAGAAGACGAAGACUGGGUCGACUAUUCCAGCCGGGUGAAUCGAGAGUGCGAACGGUCACAACUACACAAGAUGACAAGUGAUCAGUUUAAAUGCCUCAUAUACGUCUGUGGCCUACAAGCAUCCAAAGACGCCGACAUUCGAACACGAAUACUGAACAAAAUUGAGCAGAAUCCGGAUGUCACGUUGCAGCAAGUGACCGGUGAGUGCCAACGCAUGACGAAUCUGAAACACGAUACUGCAAUGAUCCAGCAGUUGUCCAAGCAGAGCGAGCAAGAUUUUGUCUGUGCAGUCAGCCGUACUCCCCGAAAAGAAGCUUCCCACGUGAGUUCAACGCAUUCUAAACCUCCCACUGCAUGCUGGUUUUGUAGAGAGUGGCAUUUUGCCCGCGAGUGUCCAUUCAAAACUCACACUUGCAACCGUUGCGGCAGAAAAGGGCAUAAGGAGUCGUGUUGCCUGGCGACUCGUCCAAUUCUGACCAAGAAGAUGCGUAACAAUGCCAGACCGUUCCGGCGUCCCAAUUUGACCAGAUCUAUCACCGCAACAUUCAAGGUUGACGGGGCCAGCAAGCGCAAAUACACAAUUGUGAAAAUCAACGGCUUCCAAGUCAAGUUACAAAUUGACACGGCUUCUGAUAUCACCCUGAUAUCUCGAGACACUUGGUGCAUGCUGGGGCGACCAACACUCAUACAAACGGACCACACGGCACGGAAUGCUUCAGGAGGUACGUUGAAAUUGCUGGGUGAACUGAAUUGUCAGGUAAACUUUCGCGAUAAACAAAUCCAGACGACAUGUUUCGUGACAGACCAGCCGGGGUUAGAUUUGUUGGGGCUCGACUGGAUGGAUGAACUGAAACUGCUUGAUCAAUCAGUGAACAGUAUAUGUCAGCCACCGCAAGUCAAUCUGCUGUCACAACCGUCACCUUCAAGCCCGAUGUUUCAAAGUCAGAUUGCCGAGAUAAAACGACGUCACGAUGCAUUGUUUCAACCUGGUCUCGGAUGCUGCAACAUAGCUACUGCCUCAUUGAACCUUAAACCAGACGCCAAGCCAGUCUUUAGACCGAAACGCCCGGUGCCCUACGCAACCCAGUCUUUAGUGGAAGCCGAGUUAAAUCGACUACAAUCUGAAGGGAUAAUCGAACGAGUUCACUAUUCCGAAUGGGCAGCACCUAUCGUGGUGGUAAAGAAAGGAAACGGUAAAGUCCGUAUUUGUGCUGAUUUCUCGACAGGUUUGAAUUCUGUGUUGGAAGAUCAUCAGUAUCCCCUGCCGGUACCAGAAGACUUGUUCAGCAAACUCAAUGGGGGGAAAUGUUUCGCAAAACUUGACCUAGCUGAUGCGUAUUUGCAAAUCCCAGUUGCCCAUCAGUGCAGAACAUUGCUGACAGUAAAUACCCACCUCGGACUUUUUCAGUACAACCGGCUGCCGUUUGGAGUGAAAACCGCACCGGCCAUUUUUCAACAAAUAAUGGAUACCCUGCUGAGCGAUAUCCCAAAUACAGCAGUAUACCUGGACGACGCGCUGAUUAUGGGCUCAGAUCCGCAAGACUUGAUACAGACACUGGAGAGAGUGCUUUCGCGUCUUCAGGAAGCUGGAUUCCGAUUACGGGCUGAAAAAUGUGAGUUCCUAUUAGAAAGUGUCAAAUUUCUUGGGUUCAUCAUCGACAAACAUGGCCGGCGCCCGGAUCCCGCCAAUAUUGAAGCCAUCAAAAAGAUGAAGCCACCAGAAGACAUUGCAGAGCUCCGCUCUUUUCUUGGGCUCGUUAGCCAUUACAGUGCUUUCCUACCAAGCCUUCACCAAACCAGAGGACCGCUGAACCAGCUACUGAUAAAAGACAAGGAUUGGAAAUGGACGAAGGAGUGCCAGCAGUCUUUUGAUGCAGUCAAAGAAGCUCUCACUUCCGAUCUACUCUUGACUCACUUCAAUCCGAAUUUCAAAAUUGUCGUUGCUACGGAUGCUUCAAAUUAUGGUGUCGGUGCAGUUAUUUCCCACGUUUUUCCGCAUGGAGGAGAGAAGGCUAUCGCGCACGCAGCACGGUCACUAACGCCAGCUGAAAAGAACUAUAGCCAGAUAGAGAAGGAAGCGCUCGCGAUUGUUUUCGCAAUGAAACGGUUCCAUAAGAUGCUGUAUGGCAGACAUUUCACGCUCCUGACUGACCACAAGCCUCUUCUGUCGAUAUUCGGUUCAAAGAAAGGAAUUCCAGUUUUUACGGCAAACCGAUUGCAACGAUGGGCGACCAUACUACUGGCCUACGACUUCAGUAUACAGUAUAAACCGACGCAACUAAUCGGUCAAGCGGAUGCCCUGUCUCGUCUCAUCAGUUCACACCCAAAGGAGAAUGAUGAUUGUGUGAUUGCAGCUAUCAGUUUCGAAGCAGAAGUCCAACGAAUCCUGGCUGAUAAUGUGAGAAGACUACCAGUAACAGCCGACACUAUUCGUAUGGAGACAUCACGGGACAGAAUCUUGAAGAAAGCGAUGCACUGUGUACGAACAUGUUGGCCAAAUGGAGGCAUACCUAUGGAGUUGCGGCCGUUUUACCAUCGACGUGCAUCCCUGUCAGCCGUGGACAAUUGUCUGAUGUUUGGAGAUCGAGUGGUGGUGCCAAGGAAAUUGCAGAGGCAAAUAUUGCAGCAGUUCCACACGGGGCACCCUGGUACCAGCCGCAUGAAAGCCUUGGCACGCAGCUUUGUUUACUGGCCAGAAAUGGAUUCGGAAAUUGAAAAAUUCUGCCAACAGUGUGAAUCUUGUCAACUUGCAGCGAAGGCUCCUCCCAAGUGUCAGUGGCAACCUUGGCCUAAGGCAGAGAAACCGUGGCAACGAAUACACGUAGACUAUGCAGGACCGAUCAAUGGCCAAUCCUAUCUCGUUUUGGUUGACUCAUUCACCAAGUGGCCUGAUGUGAUUCCGGUAAACAAUCCGACUGCACAGCACACUAUCAACGAGCUGGAGAAGCUGUUCCGAUACUUCGGCCUGCCAGAGGUGUUAGUGACAGACAAUGGAACACAAUUUACCUCGACUUCUUUUCGCGAGUGGUGCAAAGAAAAGGGAAUUCAUCAGAUGUUCUCACCACCAUAUCAUCCUCAAUCAAACGGACAGGCGGAAAGGUUUGUGGACACGUUCAAACGUGCACUCUGUAAAGCAGGGCAAAAAAGGGCUUCACAGGAUGCAAUUCAAGCUUUUCUAUGCAUGUAUCGGAACGCUCCGAAUCCAAACUCCCCUGAUGGGAAAGCCCCCACAGAAGUACUAUUUGGAAGAAAGAUCCGGACGUUGUUUGAUAAUCUUUUACCAAGAAGAAUAGAAAAGCACGGCAACAGUCACCAGGAGGAAGAUUGCAAGAUCAAGCUCCGUAACUUCAAUGUUGGUGACAUGGUCUACGCCCGGGAUUUUCGAAGGCCGAAGGGGUGGUCUAGUGGAACGGUUAUCGGAAGGAAAGGCAGAGUUAUCUACGAGGUGAUGGUUGGACGUGAGAGAUGGAUUAGGCACAUCAAUCAGCUGAGACCGAAUCAUGGCAAAACCCAAGGUCCUCAGGAACCACCAGCUUUACAUUGGGACAUCCUACUAGACACGUUCGGGUUGGAAGCUGAAUGUCAGCAACCAGGUGAGACGAAACAAAUGCCGCAGAAAUCAGAUGCACCAUGCAGGCCGGCGCGGAAGCGGAGAAGGCCACAACGGCUGCAAAUCAAUCCCCGGGCGAAAAGCUACGAACACACUCAGGUUCGAAGGGUGUGCAGGCUGACUCAAUUCGGAAGGGGAGGUGACAGUUGGACGAGAAAGCUGAGAGCCGACGCUCGCGCGUUUACCACCAAGCGUGCUUGGGAAGGACUCUACGAGCAUGUUACCAGGGCCCAGCCGAAAUCUGAUCAGACACCAGGCGUGUUGCCAAGGCCAGACCGGAAGCUGAUGAAAUCACGCGUCAGACAUCACGUGCGUUGCCAUGCGCCGGGUAGGCGAACGAAGACUGUAGUACCCGAGCAACACGGUGAAUCGGACAGAUGCAGCGGACAAGUAGGUGUGCAGCGUGGGCUUAGAGCCAAAUCCGCCUGGUGAUAGUGACAUAUAAAUAUGACCGUUCUUUGCCUUAAUACAACUCUGGUCUGCUG